GAAGACGCAAGACAAAUCGCACCAAAAGGCCAAACCAAAAAGGAUGCGUGGGGGUAUACGCUCGCGCUUGAUCAAGCUAGUAGGACGUACGAAAGUGAAGGGACUUGUGGCUAAAAGCAAACAUAACAAGAAGCGCGCGUGGAAAGACGCUUUCAUACGCGCGUUGGAUGAUGCUUUCGUGCGCAAAGUGGUCGCGGGUGAGGGGUAUGCAAUGCCAAAUUAUGGCACGUUUUUUUCCGAAGAUGAUUUGCCUAUAUACCAUUAUGAUAGUGAACCACACGAGUUUUCGCGAACAACCCAUCAUCUGAUGAAGAUGGGGGCGAAACUUCUCCGUCGAAAAACAUAUUUGCUCUUAAAUCGAAAACUAAUCAUCUGCAAAGCUGUUUGCUUUUUGAGGAGAUGGCAAUGCGUGGCGUCCCAUUGGACCUGGUAGCAUAUAAUAUCGCGGUUCAAGCGCUCGUGAAAAAAAAAGAAGUAUGAUAAGGCUGUCAGAUUUCUAGAUGGCAUGUCAGGAAUUGGCUUUAUGCCCCACGCUCGAACAUACAUACUUUGAUAAAUGGAUUCGGUAAGGCGGGUCGGUGGAAAGAUGCGGUGCAAUUGUUUGAAGACAUGGAGAGACACUCCGUCGAUCGUGAUACGGCAGCGUACAAUGCUGUGAUGACUGCAUACGCGGACGGAAAUCAGGCGCAAAUGGUUACCACGCUUUUCGACAAAAUGGGCGAAAACGAGGUUCGAAGAACCGCUGCGAGCUACAAAAUUGUUACAGGGGCGUUGGAUACAGACACUAUUGAGGUUACGAAAAUAAUCGAUUGCUUUUACGAGGAGAUGGUUUCAGACCUGGUCUUAUAUAAGCAGUACUGGGAUGAAUUGGUAAGAGAUGGCGUGUUGAAUCUGGACAACCAUUCUCGAUUACUCGCACAAGCUGUUGUCCGAAGGUUGCUUCGUGUACUUCUGGAGCAAGACAGCGAUAUGGCCCAAUCAUCUAGAUCUCUGAUUAUUGGCAAGGGCAACCACAGUGUCGGAUCGCCGGUUCUACUGGAAGCCGUGCAGACAGAACUUUCACAUUUGUGGCCGCCAAUUAAGUCUUACAGACUUGGUAAUAAGGGGCGUCUGGGCUUAAGUUCGUAUCAACUCGAAGGUUGCCUAGCAUCACAGGCAACCGGUGGUGAUAACCAGAAUCACGUGCCAAGCAGUGCAACACCGUUACCUAGUAUUAGGACCCAUAUACACUUCAAGACCCAUAUACGCUUCUAACAUGAAGGUUCGUGCAUUCUUCGACACAAUUAGUGGUCGGGUUGUUUGCCGCCGCUG